AUGGGUUAAAGUUAAUUAAGAAAAAGCAAAAAAGAAUGCUUAGAAUUAAUGAGAAAUGAAAGAUUCAAAGAGUCUCUUGAAAUUCUAGAAAAUUUAGAGAAAAGUAAUUUAAAAAAUAAAUCUGAAGUAAGUGAGUUUGUCAAUUUUUAGAGAGGUUUAUGCUAUAUGGCUCUCAAAUAGAAUAGAGAAGCAAUUCAAUGUUUUGAAAAAUGUAAUUCAAAAUAGUCUAAAAUAAAUAUUGGGCUUAUGAAAAUAAAAUUAGAUAAACUUGAAGAAGCUAAAACUUAUUUUGAAAAUUUGAUUAGAGAUUCAAAAUACUAGAAUAAUCCAUAUCUUUUAUAACUUUAUGGGUAUUGUAUUCUUGUAGGCGAUAAAGAUUAUCACAAAUCAGCUUAGAUAUUUGACUUUGUGCUACUCUAAUAUGAGAGAUGUUGA